CGGCUGUUACCGGGCUUCAGGAGGUAGGCCGGUCCCGUCGGCUCCGGCUCCGGCUCAGGCCAGAGCGGGAGAGGCGACCAGCGAGGGGCCGAGUGCCCGUAUCCCCCCCCUUUCUUGGCCUCCUGCCUUGGGGAGUUGGUCUGUGGGGUGGCGCUGGGGUUUGAGCCCCCCCCCCCCCCCCUCCUCCAGUGCCCGGCGCGGGCGGGUGGGCCGCUCUUCCCUCCUGGUUUCAGUCUCUCCGCUCGGCCCGGGGCCUGGUGACCGGCGGGGCAGCCGGACACCCUCCCUUCCCCAGGCAGAGGCCUGAGCUGUCAGCUUCGGGGUCGGUGUGUCCUGUCAGGUAUGUUCACGAGCCCCAUGGCAGCCAUGGAUAAAAAAGAAUGGAUUGAAGAAAAUGGAGAACCAUUAGCUAAUGCACCAAAAAUCUGGGUAAUGAAGAAACCAUAUCGAUAUUCAAAGGAAAAAUUACUAGAAAUCAAAGACUACCCGUAUGCCAAGCAGAGACCUGCAUGCCUUCUGGAAAAAUAUGACAGUGAAGGUAUCUGGGACCCUGAGAAAUGGCAUGCAUCUUUGUAUCCCAGCUCGGGCCGGAGUUCACCAUUGGAUGGAACAAAGAAAGAUUUAACUUCCGAUACGGACAGGACAGUUCUCAAGCGAAGAAUGGCAGAUCCACGUGAGCGAAUCAAAGAAGAAGAUAUUGAUGUUGUGCUCAGUCCACAGCGCCGGAGUUUUGGCGGAGGCUGUCAUGUGAUUAGCACUUCAAACUCCCGGAGAUCUGGAAGCCCACUGGAAAAUAAAGAAAAUGAGAAUUCUCGUGGAUUGGGGGCCCAGCGGAGAAUUGGCAGUGGACGGAUAAUUGCAUCAAGAACCUUUGAUCGAGAUGGUAGAGAUAAAGACUUGCGUGACCGAGAUGUGCGCGAGGGGCGAGAUUACAAGGAGAAACGCUUUCGGAGGGAGUAUGGUGAUGGCAAACGUAUUUUUGGUGAACGAAGGCGAUGUGAUUCAUACACCGAAGAGGAGCCAGAAUGGUUCUCUGCUGGUCCCACUAGUCAGUCAGAAACCAUUGAACUGACUGGCUUUGAUGAUAAAGUACUAUUGGAGGAUCCAAGACGGCCAAAGCGAUGGAGGAAACGAUCAGAUACUCUUAAAGAAGGCACAGAAUGCAAUGGUGAUGGUCAAGAGACAGAUACAACCUCCACAGUUCCUGCAACAGAAGCUGACCAAGAAGUUCCUCAGGAAGCAGUUCUACCAGAGCAAACACCAGGGGAUUUUGACUUCAAUGAAUUUUUUAAUAUGGAAAAGAGUGUACCUGGACUGGCUUUGAUGCUAGAAGAAGUGCUGGGUGAAGGAUCAGUAUCAUCCAGCCGUUUCAGCCAGUGGUUCUCAAGUAACUUGAGUCGACCAGGUAGCCGAUCCAGUAGUUUACGAUCCACCCCACAUGAAGAACUUGAAAGACUUGCUGGUCUGGAUCAGAGGAUCCCAACACCUGUUUCACAACUUGGUAACUACUUUGCUCCUAUUCAAUCAAGAGAAGAUAACAAGGAUAUUAAUAAAAAGGUUGAUAUUCUAGAGAUUCUACGAAAAGCAAAUGUGGAUGUGAAACCACUGCUGUCCAAUCUCUCUGCCAAUAAGGAGAAGCUGAAGGAGAGUUCACAGACUGGAGUGGUCUUGUCUGUGGAAGAAGUGGAGGCAGGUCUGAAGGGUCUCAAAGUGGAACCAGAAAGGAAACUUGCCACUCCAUUUAUGGUUGAACAUCUGGAACAGACUUUGACCUCCUCUUCAGGUUCCAAGCCAGCUCAAAGAGAUAUGGACAUGACUGCUUUCAAUAAAUUAGUUAACACUAUGAAGGCAAGUGGAACUCUGCCUUCACAACCAAAACCUCCUGAGAUUCUACCACCCCAUGUAAUGGGGCCUCCAUCACCAGAUAUUUUAGGUGACCUGCUUGGCAACCAGAAUCAUUCAACAUCAGCUUCACUAAAUCAGCGAGGCCAUUCCUCUCCAAUACCGACAUUCCAGCAACCAUCCCCAUCAGAAUUCUUCAGGGUCAAGUCACCAGUUGGUUAUGCUCCAAAUGCUCCCCACCUCCGUGAUCACUUCCAAGGAUUACCUUUGCCCAAAAAUAUUUCACCUAUUCCAGCUCCACAGGCUGUUAGUCCAUCCCAACUGGAUAUGCGACAAGGUGCCAUGGAAGGCCUUCCCUUUGCACAAGAUUUGCACAUGCCAGGUGGAGAUGUUUACCAACCUGGAUAUGGGAAGAUGCAUCAUGAUCACAGGGAUGGCUAUAGGGUCAGGCAGCAACGAAUUAGUAGAUCACCUGGGCCAGCCAGUCAACACCGACUCAAUGCAGCAUCGCCAUCGCAAGUUUCCUCAUUUACAAACAUGCUUUCUCCAUCGUUCACCCCUACCUCAGUAAUUCGGAAGAUGUUUGAAAGCAAAGACAAGAGCAAAGAUGGAAAAGAGAAUCGUCCUGUGAAAGACUGUACAGAGGAUGGGCACCUUCUGAUAGAAGAUCAUCUGUCUCCUGGCUCUCCAUUGGAAAACACGGACAGAGGGACAUCCCCAAUUGGAGGAACAAGAUCGACUUAUCACAGAUCAGCUUGUACAACUCCCCAAUUAAACCAGAUGCGUUUUACCAAAGACCAAGACUACAGGCCUAGAUCCACAGGAAGGAAAACUCCUCCUACCAGAGCUUCUCCAGUUCCUGGAUCCCCUUUCCCGCGACCUAUUUGUCCUGUGCCCAUUAUGUCACAUGUUCCACUUGUGCGCCAGUCUCCUCCUCACUUACCACCAAGUGUAGUUCAGAGGAUGCUGGCACAAGGAGUGUCACCACAACAGUUACAUCCAGCACUUCUACAUACAGCAGGUAUGUUUCCAUCAGGCGUGGAUCUGUCACAUUUGCAAAGCCUCCCUCCAACCCUGCUUGGGCAGACAUUCUACCCUCUUCCAACAAGUGGUCUUCCUCUUCUAAAUCCUCGUGCUACACUCUCCACGACACAAAUUCAGGCUUCUGCAACACCUUUACAGCACCUGGCCAUGAUCCGACAAGUGCUGCAAUCUCCCAGUGCAGGUGGCCAAGGCCCUGGAGCCCACCUGCAUCUGAACCAACAGACUUCCACCCUGAGACCCCUGCAUCAUAGAAGUGGAUCUCCAGUUAAUCUUUCCAAGUGGUUUGGCAAUGAUGUACUUCAGCAACCAUUACCAUCUAUGCCAAGCAAAGUGAUAAGUGUAGAUGAACUUGAGCUCCAUCAGUAGUAUGCCAUGUAACACAUUUGGUGCAACAGUUUUAUGAAGGUACCUGCAGGUGUCCAAGUAUGAGGGUGUCCUUGAAGUUUUUUGUUUUGUUGCCCCAGUGGUCGACUUAGUCCCUGUUUUGACUUUGUAACCGACCAUAGGAACAUGACUACUUAAACACUGCCACCUGGGGUUAUAACUCAACUGUGCCAGUGAAACAUGGCAGCAAGUUCUGUGGGGCAAUUGCCUGCAUUACAGCUUUUUUAAGAGAACCCAGUGAGCACUUCACUUUCCAGUGAAAAUGCAACCAAAAAGGGGUUUUGGGAGAUUUUACAAACCAUAUAAGCCACCAUAAAAAUUGUAUAGACCCUUGUGUACAGAAACUUGUGUAAAAUAACACUGCUUACAUCUGUACAUAAGCAUCUGCAGUGGCUGACUUUGUAUAUAAAUGCUGCUGGAAGGACAAAUGCAAUGACACUUGUGUUCCAGUUUUGAAAUAUAUUUUGUAAGUUUUUUUCUUUUUGCAGCAUGAAAGAUUGUGUGGGAAUUUUAAUUUCCAAUGCACUACGUGGUUCCUAAAGUCUGUUGGUAGUGACCAGUAGGUAGGAACUAAGCAGGUGUCACUGUACCUGGGAGUGUUUGUGUAUAUACUAAUUCCUUUUAAUACUGGAAGCAGGAAAAGGCAAAGAGACUUUAUGUAUUUUGUUUUUUUUGGUGUGAGAAACUAGGUGAGACCAGAGAUUAAACCUAAAUCUGGGCUGGGAACUUCUUUGUUUCAGUGUGAAGCUUUCCCAACUCUACCCACUUGAUCCUAAUGUCCACAAAAGGGACUGUGUUGGGUCGUUUCAGUUACCACCUUUUUUCUUUGAGGGCCCUGGAAUCUGACAGUUGCUUGCCAGUAGAGGGUGCUAGACCCCACAGCACCAGUAUGGACACUGUUGCCUCUUUUGUGCUCAUUUACUGAAAUACCUUUAUUUUGUGUGCCUUUGUUCUGUGGCUGAUAUGCUUUCAUUUUUGUCCCAUGGUAUCCCCUUGCCCUUCCUAUCCAAUUUGAUGUAGAACCCCUUCAUCACACUGAAGAACAUUGCUUUGUACUCUUCAGAAAGAAGACCUGUGACUUUUCUGGAAUUUACUGUUUUAGGGAAGGGAAAGCACAAAUUGAUUUACAAAUGAAGAAAAUAAAAUUUCACCUCUC